GCAGCAUGUCUCAAUAUUUUUUUCCCUUGGCCUCUAUGUUGUGUUUGAACAGAUGAGUUUGGGUUGAGGUGGUGCUGAAAAGCAGGCUCUAGUUUCUUCCACUGUUUCUACACUCAAUGUGUUCAUUGAGUUGGAUAAUCUCUCAGGAGAUGGGCAGGAUGUGUUUGGCCCAGCGACCCCUUCAAGCCUUGGGGGCCCUGGGGGAGAAGUGGCCUGAUCCUUCCAGGGUGAGCGCUCCUCUAAAGAGCCCUUGGUAGGUGGUCAAUCGCUACAAUGAGAACAAAACCCUUUAUGUUUGCCUCUGCGUCUGCUUUUUGUCAAGGACAAGAGAGCUAUAAAUAGUAGGUUUAUAUGAAAGAAAUGCGGUCAUUGCACCCGUGUUUGAUAAUCUAUUUAGACAUUAUUUUAAAGACGUAUCACAGAUACAAUAGAUUCUAUCGUCUGUUAAAGUCCCACAGUGACAGACUGGCUUUGGUGUAGAGGACAUUUAUGCUUUACUUUAACAUCCAGGGGUUGAAGACAUGUUAGCAAGGCUGGUAUUUGGCACUCUGCAGGUUUGUAAUGUAAGAAGAGUAAACAAGGUCUUUCUGUUUUUGAGAGUGGCCUCUACCGGUGUUGACAAAUUUGUUCCCAUGAUGCUUUAAGAGCGGCUUUCAUUGGUGAGGUCAGCUUCUCAGAUAUAUUAUCUCUUUAGUCUCUCGACUUGCUGAGAGUAGAGGAGUAGCAAAGCUCAGAUAUCACUGCUCCCCUAGCGUGCCCAGAGGCUGUCACCAAGCUGUUCACUGUAAUCUAAUCAAGAUGGGGAACGAAAGUGUUGUGCGUGCGUGUGUGUGUGUAAGUAUGUGUGUGUCAUCUCUGUAUUAAAAGAUGCCUGCAUUCAUACACACACGUCUAAACAUACCAGGGCAUCCGUCAGGUACCUGUGUUGUGAUGAAAAAAUUGAAUGCAUUUUUUAGUUUUCAAGGUUUCUUUUUUGUUGACUCUGAUCUAAUAUCUUGUCACAAAGAAAAAAAAAAUAAAAUGGAUGAGAUUGAUUUCUGAAUUGAUAAAUGUUGAAAGGUUUAAAAGACCGUGUGACGAAAUACUCUAUAUUUAGAUUUUAGUAGCCAGUAGCCAGACCUUUAACAGCUAAGCUCCAUAUUUAAUAAGCUAGAUGGUUCAUGCUGCCAGCACUUGUACGCAUUUCCACUGUAGCUGAAGUAUAAAUUAUGCAAAUUGAAAGUGCAACAAGUCCUUAAUAUCUGUUUAGCUUCACCAUGUUAUUCUGACCUUUAGAUAAUGGCUUCAUAACCCGUUGACCACAGCUUUGAGGAAUCUGGCGUUUGUUUAUGCUCACUUGUUCUGAACAGCACAAUGUUCAAACCUUUUCCCCUAAAUCUACUACUUAUGGAGCUGAAGUAAACCAAUUUCCCCAAUAGUAGCAGAUACGGUAUACCAAGGUUAUUUCUGAGGUAGUUUUUUUUUUUCAUGUAAGAAAACAAGACAGUUGGCAGGACUUGUGAGGACCAGAGUUCAGAGCCCCAUUGGCUCACACUCAAGUUUUGGCUGCUGUUUCUGUAUAAAGUUCAAACAGACCCAUAAUGACAAGCCAACAUGCUCCGGGCCUCGCUCUCUCCUCUACUCACUAAGUGGGUGUCUCUUUACUCCCUUCUCUGCAACUCAGUCCCAACUAUGUAUAAUUAUAUUGUUUAAGCAACCAGUAUGGACCUCUGCUGGAGAGAAAGGUUGAAGAAAUAAUAAUAAUGGCAAUUUAGAUUUCUUCACAGGGGAGUGGGAACAACCAAUAAGCCAUUAAUCUGACUCAUUGCUGUUAGUGUUCCUUGAUUUCUAUUGAGGUCCUGCGUGACGACUUCAGACAAAACCCUGCAGAUGUGAUUGUGGCGGCAGGAGACCCAGCCGUUCUGGAGUGUCAGCCACCGCGUGGACAUCCUGAGCCGACAAUAUCCUGGAAAAAGGAUGGUGUUAAUAUUGACGACCGAGAUGAGAGGAUCACUAUUCGUGGAGGAAAGCUGAUGAUCACAAAUGCCAGGAAGAGCGAUGCUGGGAAGUAUGUGUGCGUCGGGACGAACAUGGUGGGGGAACGAGAAAGUGAAAUCGCUGAACUUACAGUGCUUGAGCGCCCGAGUUUUGUACGUCGCCCAGGAAGCCAAGUACUGCUGGUAGACCAAAGUGUAGAAUUUAGGUGUGAGGCCCGUGGUGACCCAGUUCCAACUGUACGCUGGAGGAAAGACGAUGGAGAACUACCUAAAGGAAGAUAUGAGAUUCGUGAGGACCACACCCUGAAGAUCCGCCGUCUGAUCUCCGCUGAUGUCGGCUCCUACACCUGCGUGGCUGAGAACUUGGUGGGCAAGGCGGAGGCGUCGGCCAUGCUCACAGUCCACGUCAUGUCUGUUCCCCCCGCGUUUGUGGUAAGACCAAGGAACCAGGUGGUUGGGGUUGGCAGAACUGUCACUUUCCAAUGUGAGGCCACUGGAAACCCACAGCCAGCCAUUUUCUGGCAGCAGGAAGGCAGUCAGAACCUGCUCUUCUCGUCCCAGCCCCCUCAACCGUCAAGUAGAUUUUCCGUAUCACAGACGGGGGACCUGACCAUCACAGACGCUGAACGCUCAGACAUGGGUUAUUACAGCUGCCAGGCCCUCAACAUUGCUGGCAGUGUCAUCACCAAGGCUCUGCUAGAGGUCACUGAUGUCGUAUCAGACCGACCGCCACCAGUAAUCCGCCAGGGCCCAACCAAUCAGACGGUGGCUGUAGAUGGAACUGUGGUCCUUAGUUGCAUGGCUUUAAGUAACCCCACGCCUACCAUUCUCUGGAGAAAGGAUGGCUUACUGGUGUCCACACAUGACUCCAGAAUCAAACAGCUGGACACUGGUGCACUGCAGAUACGCUAUGCAAAGCUCGGUGAUACUGGCACUUACACCUGCAUUGCCUCUACUCCAAGUGGAGAGGCUUCCUGGAAAGCCCACUUAGAAGUUCAAGAAUUUGGAGUUCCCGUCCAGCCAAACAGACCUACUGACCCAAACCUGAUCCCUAGUUCCCCAUCUAAGCCUGAGGUCACUGAUGUUACUCGAACUUCCGUCACCCUUUCCUGGAAACCUAACCUUAAUACUGGAGCCACACCAACCUCCUACAUUAUUGAGGCCUUCAGUCACGCAUCAGGGAGCAGCUGGCAGACACUGGCAGAACAUGUGAAAACUGAGUCAUUUGUACUAAAGGGCUUGAAGCCCAGCGCAGUCUACCUCUUUUUAGUUCGGGCAGCCAAUGCCUAUGGGCUGAGUGAUCCAAGUCCCAUCUCUGAUGCUGUAAAAACCCAAGACAUUCCUCCUACCAGUCAGGGCGUGGACCAUCGUCAGAUCCAAAGAGAGUUGGGAGAUGUGGUAAUCCACCUGCACAACCCCACAAUUCUGUCUUCUUCCUCUGUCAGGGUGCAGUGGACGGUGGAGCAGCAAUCACAAUACAUACAAGGCUACAAGGUGAUGUACAGGCCGUCACCAGAGGGGCUGCAGCGGAGUGACUGGGCUGUCUUUGAGGUGCGCACCCCCGGGGAGGACAGCGCUGUUGUGCCACAGCUCAGAAAAGGCGUCACAUAUGAAUUCAAAGUCCACCCCUUCUUCAACGAAUUCCAAGGAACAGACAGCGAUGUGAAAAUUGGCAAGACGCUGGAGGAAGCCCCCAGCGCCCCUCCUCGUGAAGUUACAGUGACGGAAAGUGGGGACAAUGGGACUGCUAUCGUGGUCUCCUGGCAACCCCCUCCACCGGAGGAUCAGAAUGGGGUCGUCCAGGAAUACAAGAUUUGGUGUUUGGGUAACGAGAGUCGGUACCACAUCAACCGCACAGUGGACGGUUCCACCUUCUCCGUGCUGAUUCCCAGUCUGACUCCUGGAAUUCGCUACAGCGUUGAGGUAGCAGCCAGCACUGGAGCCGGUCCUGGGGUCAAAAGUGAUGUCACAUAUUUUCAGCUGGAUGCGUCGGGGCGGAUGACUGAGACUGGUGCAGAUGAGAACCCCCUGACCCAGCAGAUCUCAGAUGUGGUCAAACAGCCGGCCUUUAUCGCGGGGAUAGGAGCUGCGUGUUGGAUCAUCCUCAUGGUCUUCAGUAUCUGGUUGUACAGACACCGCAAGAAGAGGAACGGUCUGUCCAGCAGCUACGCAGGCAUACGUAAAGUGCCGUCCUUCACGUUCACACCAACAGUGGCAUAUCAGAGAGGUGGAGAAGGUGUGAGCAGUGCUGGAAGACCUGGUUUGUUAAACAUGGGGGAUUCUGCCACUCAGCCCUGGCUGGCUGACACCUGGCCCAACUCCUGCUCCAACCACAACGAUUGCAGCAUCAACUGCUGCACUGCUGGCAAUGGCAACAGCGACAGCAACCUGGCAACGUACAGCCGACCAGCUGACUGCAUCGCCAACUAUAACAACCAGAUGGAAAACAAGCAGACCAAUCUUAUGAUGCCAGAGUCGGGGCUGUACGGAGACGUAGACCUGUCAAACAAGAUCAAUGAAAUGAAGACAUUCAACAGCCCUAACCUCAAAGAUGGACGCUUUAUGGGUCCAGGCGGUCAACCGACCCCUUACGCCACCACCCAACUCAUCCAGUCCUCCAUCAUGGGCAACAAUAUAAACCCAGACAGAGGCACAGGAGGGAGUGGAGGUGGACCUGUGGGUGGAGGGGAGGUGAAUGAGAAACACUGCUGGAAGCCUCCUCCCAUUCAGCAUCAGAAGCAGGAAAUGGGCUCCCAGUUGCAGUACAUCAUCAUGGAGCAAAACAAGCUGAACAAGGAUCGCUGCAGAGGAGGUGAGAGUCCUAUGCCCACUAUCCCUUACAACCAGGCCCACGACAGCCACACCGGAGGCUCCUACAACAGCUCUGACCGAGGCAGCAGCAGCACCUCUGGGAGCCAGGGCCAAAAGAAAGGAAUGCGUACCCCAAAACUACCCAAACAGAGCACAAUGAAUUGGGCUGACUUGCUGCCCCCUCCCCCUGCAAACCCACCCCCAAGCCGGAGUGUGGAGGAAUACGCGCUGUCAAUGCAAGAAAGCUGUGACCCAGACACACAAUGCCCCAUGCCUCCAUCACACAUGUACCUGCAGCCUGACGAGCUGGAGGAGGAAGAAGAGCUGGAAAGGGGGCCAACUCCUCCCAUCCGAGGGGCAGCAUCUUCCCCCGCCGCUGUAUCUUACAGUCACCAAUCCACAGCAACUCUCACCCCAUCACCCCAGGAAGAAAUGCAGCCAAUGCUCCAAGACCCACCAGACAGCCAUGAACGCAGGCGCCAUGCUGUGAGCCCCUCGCCCCCACCAAGACCCCUCUCUCCUUCACACACAUAUGGGUACAUUACCAGCCCACUGGCCUUGGACACUGACGGCAUGGAAGAGGAGGAAGACAUUAUGGAGGAAGAGGAGGAUGAGGGCGAUGACACAGAUGCGGAAGUUGCCAAGAUGCACUACCACCACACCCACCCCCACAUACACCCCCACCAUAGCCAAAUGCAUCCACGCAGGCUGCUGUUACGAGGGCUCGAACAGACGCCUGCGUCCAGUAUGGGCGACCUGGAGAGCUCAGUGACCGGCUCCAUGAUCAACGGAUGGGGCUCAGCUUCUGAAGAGGACAACGUCUCUUCAGGGAGGUCCAGUGCGGUCAGCUCAUCUGACGGAUCCUUCUUCACUGACACUGACUUCGCUCAAGCGGUUGCCGCAGCUGCAGAGUAUUCUGGCCUGAGAGUAGCCAAGUACCCAAAUAUACACAGUCAAGAAGUUGGAGGACCAUCAGCUCGGAAAUACCAAAUCAACCCAACAGGUCACCGGCCUGGCAGCCCCGUGUCUACAGACAGUAACAUGAGUAUGGCUGCUGUCAAUAGGAGGCCACCUAAAAAGCAGAAACAGCACAAUGCAGGCCAUCCAGGCAACCAGCGACGUGACCCUUAUAAUGAAGAUCUCCCUCCUCCACCUAUUCCGCCUCCAGCUGUUCUCAAGUCACCUACACAUCCAUCCAAGGCAACGCUGGAGGGCCGGGGGGUGAUCUCCCCCAAAGCGGGGGAAGGCCGAGACAAGAGAGGAGGAAGUGGAGGUUACAGGCCCCGGGAUGGUUCUGACCCACGGACCGGGUCAUCUGAACGGAAAGAAGCCCAAGAGAGACAGAAGAGUGCUCACGGUGAAAAAGGGAAUAGACAUGAGGGUAGCACUGCGAGCAAGGCACGACAGCAUCCAGGUUCAGAAGAUAUUCCACCGUACAGCCGACCACAGUUCCCCACCGUCAACAGCCCUCGAGACCCCAGCUCCUCUAGCUCCAUGUCUUCUAGGGGCUCAGGGGGGCGGCGGAGAGGAGAAGGGGGGCGCAGGAACCCUACAGACAUGAGCCUGGUCACAACAGGGGCCUUACAAGCAGGAGAUGAGGAGCUGGAGAUGCCAGAAAGCUGAAAACCAGAGGCAUUCAAGGAGGAGCCGUCCUGAUUUUCCCAGAGUGGAUCACCAUUGUUUCUCUUACAGUUUUUUAAUAUCUCAGUAUUUGACCUUCCAUGUUGGCUGCCAUUUAAACCGUACAACGGUAGUGUUUCUUUACACCUGGAAAAAAGAACAAUUUUUAACCAUUCAUUUUCUAUAUCCAUUUGAAAAAGUUGGAAAGUUUGUCUUAAAAAUUUCAGUAUGGUGCAGUCACAAUACAGUACGCAGUAGUGCAGUAUAUUUAUGUUUAAUUCCAAUGCAAUAUGGAGUAAGAUCUCGCUCCAGACAUUGACAUGACUUAGCUUGCCUUGACAAGAAUGACGGAGAGACAGUCAGAUGUUACUGUAAUAAAAAAGCUGCAAGCAGAGGUGGACUGUAAAUAUAAGUGUAUACAUGAUGUCCUUGUUCUGCCCAUUGUGGUACCUUGAAUUUGUCUUCCUUUGCUUCACUUUUGCAAAUUCUUAUUUUAUUAUGCCAGUAAAUAUAAAUAUUAUUUUAUCAUUUCAGUCAUGAUGUAAAUUGCAAUAUUAUUUAGCUGCCCCAAGAAAGUGCCACUUUGGGAUUUUUUUUUUUUUUUUGGUUUGUUUCUUUUUUUAAUGCACUGUUAUGUUUUGUGUCGUCUUCAAUGUUUGUUAUUUGUUUUACUUUGGUUUUAAAAGCACAAUCACUAAACUUUAUUUUAAACCAUUCUAUCUAUUAACCUUUUUGUCUUACUGGAGAAAACAGGUACGACAAAAGAGUCUAGUUAAUCUUGAUGAUGGUCAUGAUGAUAAUGAUGAUGAUGAUGAUGAUGAUGAUGAUGAUGAUGUAGGUAAAGUUGCUGUUUACGAAGGCUGUGCUUGAAAGGAGACUCCUUUCCUUUUGAUUGUCUCCCUCUCCAGUUCUGACGCUAGCUCAAGUGAAAAAAGAAAAACAGACAAUUAAUGUGAGUCAUAGCUGCAAUGUAAAUAUCUUUUUCGCAUUGACCAUGAACCCAGCUAUUGCACAUUAAUCCAAACGGUAAUGUCGUCUUCUAAUGCACUUAAAUGAACUUCAAAUACAGGAAAUAAGAAAGAAGUCACUUUGGGAACCUGGAGAGGUUUGUUUUGACAAGAAAGGUCUCUUUUCUUGAAAUGACAGAGGUGUUGGACUUCUGUUCUUGAGAAGAAACGGUGCUGUUGUUUAUUCAUAGGACAUCUGCAAACAUUUGUUUCGUAAAGCGAAAAGAACUUAAAAAAAAGGACAAUAAAAAGUUUAAACAA